AAAAAAUUAAAUAAAUGAACGUCCAGUUAUUUAGUUUUGAUUUGACAGCUGUAAUGAGGAUCUGGAAUUUCACGUCUGCUCUUUAGCUGCUGUUUUGUUUAUCUGUAUUUGUUGCUAGGUUGAGUGUCAUACUUUCAGCCGUGAUAAAAAAAUAAAUAAAUUGUAAUAAAUCAAUAGUACGUUUAGUUUUCCAUCAUAAUGUUCAUCCUUUUUUGACUUUUUAAAUAUAUAUAUAUAAAUAAAUGCAGGGCUGGACAGAAAGAGGAUGUUAUUAUCAUACUACAAGACUACAUCUAUUCUCUCUCGUAUACGAUACAUUCUGCACAUAGACAUCAUACUAGCCUCACCCAAAACCUGCCAGUGGUAUAAAAGUAAGCACUGCACUGUUCUAGACAAUUACACAGAGAAACUGAGCAUCAAAAGCUACCCAAAUACAAAGCAGACAGAUUCUUUUUCAGUGAAUUAAAGAGCUGGAUUAGGUGCGCUUAUCUUUGUUUCCUUUCAAAGCAAAGAAAUCUACAAUGGCAAGCAGUGAUUCAAAGGGGGAAAUCUGCACUGUUGGAGAUAUGUAUGUAUUCACAGUGAAUGUGAGUGAGUUUGCACCAGAAGAAGUUACCGUAACCUCCACCAAUAAUUCAAUCCAAGUCUGUGCAGAAAAGCUGGCAUCAGAUGGCACAAUUGUGGACACUGUUUGUCAGAAGUGCCAAUUUCCGGCUGAUGUGGAUCCAAUGUCGGUCACAUCUUCCCUAGAGAAAGGUGGCUUGUUGAGUAUUAAAGCCCAAAAACAAUCUGUAAAAGGGUCUGCAGUCAUAGACUCAAUCUAAGAAGUGAAAAAUGAAUGUAUAUAUGAGCGU